AUGACCACCUUCAUUCCCAGCAUCACGCUGCCAGCAGCCUUGUUUGCCAACCCGGCAGCAUCCAUCUUGUUCCCAAUCGCUCUGGGCACAGCUGUUGGCUACUCCGUGAGCCCAAAGAAGUCCCAAAAGACGUACAUGGCUCUUAAGCAGCCACCUUACCGCCCUCCCCCAUACGUCUUUGGCCCAGCAUGGACCGUCCUUUACGGCCUAAUGGGCUUUUCUGCCUACCGCGCCUAUAGCACCGGCAUGUCGACUUUCGCAUCCGCUGAAAAGCAUCUCCUCACCAAACAAGGCGCCACCCUCUACACAAUCCAACUCGGCCUCAACCUCAUCUGGACACCUCUCUUCUUCUGGCUCAAGCGCCCAGUCGAGGCUACUGUCGAUAUUGUCGCUCUUACCGGAACGGUCAGCUACCUUGCAUACAUUUGGGGGCAGGUUGACCCAGUCGCUGGCUGGGCUCUGGCUCCAUACCUGGGAUGGUUGGGAUUCGCUACCUACCUUUCUGCUGGUGUUGGAUACUUGAACGACUGGAACUUGGCGGAUAAGGAGGUCCCAAUUACCCCUGAGGGAAAGGACACUAAGUUCGUUGACGAGAGCAAAGAGCCCUAG